GUCGAAGUUUGCUCUGAGAUUUUGAUACAGCCAAAAUCUAGGUAAUGUUGAAUAACUGAUUCGUCUAACAUUAAAUGAAGAUGUUUAAAUAAUGAUUACGAACUGGAUAUGUUCAAUGGGAUUAUGAGAUAAUCGAACGAUAAUGGUAUUAACAUCGGAUAAUUGAAGUAAAAUGUGAAAACUGGAAAAUGAUUCGCAGGCAGACUGAUUAUCAACAAUGAGUACGAAAUUACGGAGUACUCUGCGACUACUUGUUAUAUCGAUGUGUGCAGUAUGCAGUCUAUCAUAUUCCAGUGAUAUAAACAGCCAUAUACCUCAAGAAUUUGAAGUUAUUCUACCCGUAGUCUUUCAUUAUGACGAGCAGGAAGGGAUCCCUCCAACUACCGACGUAUAUACUCACCUCAAAAAUCGGCGACGAAGAAGUUUGUCUUCCGACAUUUUCAUCAAUAUUACAACAGACAAUGAAGAAUUCCAUAUUCAGCUUACUCAAAAUCACAAACUCCUAGCACCUGGGUUUAAAGUGUAUCACCGUCAUCCCUCAAGAAGUUCUUCACAGAAUGACACCGAUGAUGUCAUCACAGAAACUGAUGACAUCACGGAUGGCAGUGAUGUUGAUAUGAUGUCACAGUGCCUGUUUAAAGGCAAGGUGCUCUCCCAUGAUGAUGCGCCAGCAGCUUUUUCACUUUGUAAUGGUGUGACAGGAGUGCUGAUGUUUCCCCAUGAUGAUUAUGUUAUAGAGCCUCUCCCAGCCCACAUGGCUGAUCUUCAACGCCAUGGAACCAAACACCAGAAUCACCAUAGCAACACACCUACCAGUCUCCAUGACAACCAGCAUCACCAUAGCAAUGCACCUACCAUUCACCAUGACAAUGAAAAUCACCAUAGCAACAAACCCACCAGUCUUCAUGAAAAUGCUGAUAAUCAAAAUCAUAGUAAACACAGACAUUAUGAAAAUGGUGACACACAAAGAAGACGACAUCAACGUAAACAUGACCAUAGUAACCAUGACAACACAUAUCAUAAAACUAAUAACAGUGACCAUGAAAUUAGUGUAGAAUCCAUGUAUGAAAGGAAAAGUUAUACAAAUGAAAGGGAUACUAGAACUUUAUCUAUACAUGACAGUGACCUUGACCAAAAUAAUAGUUCUACAAAUGUCAAGGAUACAAAAACAUUAUCUAUACAUGAUAGUUAUGAAGAUAGUGAUGUUGACCCCAGUAUAUUAGAUUCUUCAAACAGUAGAACUUUUGACAUAGGAAAACCAGAAUCAUCACUCAGAGGAGGUAGUAAGUAUCAAAGUGCCAAAAUAGGUAGUGCCAGUUCAAAAGCUAAACAUGACCUUGACACUGAUGAUGUGUCAAAAACUGAUCUCCAUGGAAACAGUGUAAAUAGUGACUCAUUAAUAAAUGGAGUAGUUACAGAUGGAAAUAUAGGUGACAAUGUACUUAGUGAUACAGUUAAUAGUGAUCUCAAUGACAAGUUUUUACAUGGAAUCAAACAAAAAGAUGAGGCCAAUGUGUUUUCGACUGGAAGACAUUUAUUGUACAAAAGAUCAGCAUUACCUCGUCAUAGACACAAAAACAAUUAUCAGAUGUCGGAAGACUUUAAUAACUAUGCAAAGUUGGAUGGAAGGCGCUCCAAAACUCGCAGAAAGAAGCGCUCCUAUGAAACUGUGGGGAGAAGUGUUGAAACCUUGGUAGUUGUCGAUCGUGACAUGUUUAUCAAACAUGGCCGACAAAAUGUUACCACUUACGUUCUCAGUAUUUUUAAUAUUGUAUCCCAGUUGUACCAGGACACAACAUUGGGUUAUCCCAUUAACGUGGUUCUAGUUGGGCUGGUGUUUCUAGAUGGAAGGGAGCCAGGCCUGCACAUCACGAACCAUGCGGACAAGACGCUGAACAGUUUCUGUGCAUGGCAGGCAGGGGUGCACAAUGGGCGACAGAAACUUCAUGAUCAUGCAGUCUUGCUUACGGGAAAAGAUAUCUGCUCCUACCAGAAUGCACCCUGUGACACUCUGGGGUUUGCCCCUAUCGACGGGAUGUGCAGUGAACUACGGAGCUGUAUUGUGAACGAGGACACUGGACUGUCAACCGCCUUCACUGUAGCACACGAGAUGGGACACAACUUCGGGAUGAUGCAUGAUGGUGAUGGAAAUGAUUGUAAGGACACCUCGGGAUACAUUAUGUCGCCCACCCUCGCUGCCCAGGGUGGGACGUUCCACUGGUCGCCAUGCAGUAGGCAGUAUAUGAGGAAAUUCCUAAACGCCGUACAGUCUGAGUGUUUGACCAGUCAGUCACAGGGCACUGCAGAACUGAAAUUUCCAAACAAGUUGCCGGGGGAGAUAUUCGACGCUGACACCCAGUGCAAAUGGCAGUUUGGAAGCCAUUCAAAACAGUGUACAAUCAUGUUUGGCAAGGACCCAUGUGUUAGCCUGUUUUGCCACAAGCGAGAGGGAAUGUGUGAGACCAAGUUCCUGCCGGCCGCGGAGGGCACCUCCUGUGGUCCUGGUAGGUGGUGUAAGCAGGCUCGCUGUGUGAGCUAUGGUAGGAAGGGGCCAAACCCUAUACACGGGUGGUGGACGGAAUGGGGAAGUUGGUCAGCAUGUACACGGUCCUGUGGCGGGGGAAUCAAGACUCGAACACGGGAAUGCAACAAUCCUAGGCCCCAGUAUGGAGGCAAAACCUGUACUGGACCAGAAGUCAUCCACAAAAUGUGCAACCUCCUGGAGUGUGAACAAGAUGUGCCUGACUUCAGAGAACAGCAAUGUAAACAACUUGCACAGGAGAGUUUCCGAGGCUGGAAUUAUCGCUGGCGGUCAUACAGGGAAUAUGAUUCAUAUGAAACUGAAGAUGAAUGUAAACUUUACUGCAAGGCAGAUGGCUACAACUUCUACUACACCAUGCCUCGUGAGGUUACGGACGGUACUCGAUGUAACGACUACACAACAGAUGUCUGUGUACAGGGAAAAUGCCAGCGUGUUGGCUGUGACUUGGUGGUUGGUUCCGAGGCUCACAAAGACCGGUGUGGGGUGUGUCAGGGAAACAACUCCACUUGUAAGAUCGUAGAAAAUACAUUCACCGCUCAUCCUCCAGAGAAAGGUUACUUUGGUGUGGUGUUUCUACCUCGCGGUUCAAGCAGCAUUGAGGUAGCUGAGGUGGAGAUAGCCCGGAGUAACUACCUUGCCCUACGGGACUCCCACGGGAAUUACCACCUUAACGGGAACUGGAAACUCAACGGGGAAGGGGUGUAUGACAUCGGGGGGACAAAGUUCGUGUACAGGCGACCGUAUAACAGCCCGGAGUCCCUGACUGCCAAGGGACCUCUGCUCGAAGACCUUGUUUUAGAGGCGUUGCUUCAGUCGGAGAAUCCUGGUAUCCGGUACAGUUUCAUGGUUUCCAAGCAGACGAAUCAUCUGCCCCCAGCCCAUAACUACACAUGGAGAGUCACACUGACGGAGUGUAGCCAGGCCUGUGCCGGAGGAGAGCAGAUAGUGACUGCCCACUGUCACAGAGACCAGGGGGAGGAGGUGGACCCAGGGUACUGUGUCACUGAACAGAAACCUGCCACUGGCAAAUACACCUGUAACACCGCACCAUGUAGGCCCAGGUGGGCGGCACAGCCUUGGAGCGUGUGUCACAAGGAGUGUGGGGGUGGAAAACAGAAGCGUAAGGUCUACUGCAUACAGCGAAUGUCCACGAAGGAAGACCGCAAACUUCCUCGGAAAUUCUGUGACCGGGAGAGCAAACCCCAGAAGAAGAGGGAGUGUAACACACAAGAGUGUCCCCCGGUCUGGUACAAGGGGUCAUGGUCUCAGUGUUCAGCCACAUGCGGUAAAGGCCUUAAGUCACGAACAGUGGUGUGUCGCAGUAAGACGUUGGGUGGCCAAGUUGUGCUACCAGACAGCAUGUGCAGCGGUGACCAGAGGCCCGUACAACACAACGGCUGCAGAAAUGUGAGGUGUCCAGAUCCCACCGCUCAGUGGACAGUCACAUCCUGGACUGAGUGCUCAGCCACAUGUGGUAAAGGAAGAAUGAGUAGGGCAAUCAAAUGUACCAGAAAGACCCAGUCCGACAAGGCAAUCAUUACCCAUGACAAAAAGUGUCACCAUCUUGAUCCCCUCAAUGUGACCUUAACCCAGAUGUGUGACCUUGAAGCCUGCCCUAUGAAGACCUAUUGGUAUGCCUCCCCCUGGUCUCAGUGUUCAGUGACAUGUGGGUCAGGUACACAGACCAGACUGGUACACUGUAUGCACCAGGAGUUCAGGCGUCUCUCUCACAAUUGUGAUGAUGCUGACAAACCAGUCAACAUGCAGAAUUGCCUCACUAAACCUUGUGAAAGUCCAGGCCCUGAUUGCGGUGAUGAGUUUAGCUGGUGUCAUCUUGUACCCAAACAUAACAUCUGUGAUCAUGAAUUCUAUGGGACCAAAUGUUGUCGAUCCUGCUAUUUCAGAAGAUGAUGUUGUUGUUGCUGUAGUUGUUGAUGUUGUUGUCAUGUUAUAGUGUUUUCAUCAUGUGAUUAUUUUACAAUUGACCAUGAUUGUAUUUUGGUCAAGUUUAUUAGUUUUGAAACAUGCAAGUUUAAAACAGAUAAUUUGACUUAUAUUUGCAAUUUAUGCUAUUAUGACUACCGUAUUAUACUAUGUAUAGGACGCUACACAGCACCGGUACUUACCAUUACCGGGUUUGUCUCCGGUCCGAUAUUUUUGGGCUGAAAUGGACUUGAGAAAAAUUGAUAAAAUCCUAAUAGCUUAGAAAGGACACAGGCAAUUUUUUCGACGAUAAUCUGGGGUAAAAAAGUGCGUCCUAUGCAUAGUAUAAUGCGGUAUGUGAACUUACUGAUAUUUUAAUAUGCAUUGACAAUUCUUCUGUGAGACCCUGGAUGUAAAUCACAUGAAUUUGUAUCUUUUUCACUGAAUUAUUAACUUCAACAGUUGAUAUAAAAUAUUUCUUUGAAAUAUAAAAUAAAAUACAAUUGACAAGUGGCAUUUCUGUCAAACAGGCCAGUAGCUAGCAGCAUAAUUCUAUAUCAACUCAAGAACCUUCCUCUUUCAUCCUUUGAUAUUAACAUUCACAAGAGGCAUUUAUAUCUAUGAACCUUAGAUUAUGUCUUCCCAUUUAGUCCUUGCUAUUUAUAAGAUUUGUUGAAUAUAACUUCCAUCAGUUGUUAUUUUCAGGUGUAUUUUUAUCUUAUUUUGUUGAAAAGUUAAAAAAAGUGUAUAAAUAGAUAAAGCACAAACAAACAUAUUGCUUUUGGGAUUGUAAUUUUUUAAUUGUUUAAUUAUUAUUUCUAAUCAAAUACAAAUAAAUAAAACAGAAUCAUGCACACUUAUUUUAAAGUAAUAUGUUGUAUCCGCUAGAGAUUAAUUUUCAUUUCUGUCAAAAAGGCCAGUAAUUAGCAGCAUUAAGAGUCCUAUACCAACAUCAGUUGCCUUUACUGUUAUGAUGUGUUUGGGAUGAUUUGAAGCAUACUAUAUGCUUUUGUGUGGUAGACUGAGUUUAGAUUGAGAAUUUACUUGAGAAUUUUUGUAAUAUUGGGGCUUCUCUUCAUACAGAGAUAUUCAUAUAAGUCCAUGAAUAAGCUGCAAAUAGCCCCACUUCUUGACUUUUCCAUGACUGUUGAGAUGUAUGUGGACUUAAACAAUCUUUAUACAUGUGAGAAUGGUUUAAACCCUAUUAAGUUGAUGAUGUGGUAUUAAAGAUAAGAAGUGUUUUAUGUAGAUUAUUUUUUGUUUUAACAUGUAACAUGUAUUCAACAUUCACAACGAAAAUCAUACCAUGGGAUGCGAUGACGUUCUUUUCGACCAUAUUAAUACAUUUUUACAUUACUAUACUCUUUUUGUACCUCAUCAUAUGCUCAUGUUUAAGUACUGUAAACAUGUGUACAGAAAUAUUGUACAUGUAUGUGCUUGUUAAUAAUAUAACUCUGAUCAGCCAAUAUUGUACUUCUAUGGCCUUUUCGGAUUCAAUAUUAUUAUUGUUGUUAUUUUCUUGUUUCAUUUGUGUAACAUGAUGAGUACACAACAUAAAUGUAUCAUGAUUAGAUUCAAUGUUUAUUGUGUGUAUUCUGUCUUUGUAUUAUGGAAGUUGAGUCAUAUAUAUGCAUAAUAUGCACAUACAUGCAUACAUGUUAUUUUGAUGUUAUAAGAUUUGCAGACAUUCAAAAAUGUAUAACACUUCUUAAAGUCCUUCUCUCCAAUACCACUUGAUGCCUAAUUUCUAAACUGCAUAUUGUAGUUUCGCCUUGAUAGUUUAGCUCUCGCUUUGAAACAGUGAAGAUGCGAUUCAAACUGUCCUGAUAUUGAAAGAUUCUGCUGAAAAUGGUAUCGAAUCGAAGGAUUAUUGAUUGCUUUUUCUUUUAUUUACACUAACACAUAUUUCGUGUGCUAAUUGCUACGAUAGUAUUCUUUUACUUAUUUAGAAGAACACUUUAUUGUGAACAUGUUUGUCAAGACAGAGAUUAAUAAAACUGAUAAGCCCUUU